GAAGAAGCAGAUAAAUAAGGGAGAUCUUCUUGACGAAGGUCAAAAAAUGAGCGGCGAUAUUGCUCUUACACCUUCAUCUGCGGUUUUACGGCAGGUUGAGGAGGUACAAUUUGGAAUUUUGAGUCCAGAAGAAAUCAGAGCAAUGAGUGUAGCUAAGAUAGAGUAUCCAGAAACUAUGGAUGAAUCAGGCCAUCGUCCGCGUAUUGGAGGGCUUUUGGACCCAAGAUUAGGGACGAUUGACCGUAAUUUUAGAUGCCAGACAUGUGGAGAAAGUAUGGCAGAAUGUCCGGGCCAUUUUGGACAUAUAGAACUUGCUAAACCAGUAUUUCAUAUUGGAUUUCUUGUAAAGAUAAAGAAGAUAUUGGAAUGCGUGUGUUUAAAUUGCGGAAAAUUAAAAGCAGAUGAGAGUAAUCCUAAAUUUAUAGAAUCUCAAAGAUAUCGAGAUCCCAAGUCACGUUUAAUUGCAGUUUGGAAUGUUUGUAAAACAAAAAUGAUAUGUGAAAUUGAUCCGCCGAUUAAUGAUGAUUAUGGGGCUAAAACUAUUAUUGGACAUGGAGGAUGCGGUAAUCCGCAACCUAUUAUACGAAAAGAUGGGCUUAAAUUGUGGGCUACAUAUAAAAAAUCGAAGGAUUCAGAGAGUGAUUUGCCUGAUCGUAGACUAUUAACACCUCUAGAAGUAUAUACUGUAUUUAAACACAUCUCUAGUGUUGAUUUGGAGAAGAUGGGUUUGAAUGAGGAAUAUGCACGCCCUGAUUGGAUGAUUAUUACAGUUCUUCCAGUUCCACCACCAUCAGUCCGUCCUAGUAUUUCUGUUGAUGGAAGUAAUCGUGGUGAAGAUGAUUUGACUCAUAAGCUUUCGGAUAUUAUUAAAGCAAAUGCAAAUGUACGACGAUAUGAACAAGAAGGAGCACCAGCUCAUAUUGUGAGCGAAUAUGAGCAAUUACUUCAAUUUCAUGUUGCAACAUACAUGGAUAAUGAUAUAGCAGGUCAACCACAAGCUCUUCAAAAAACAGGACGCCCAUUAAAAUCUAUACGUGCUCGUCUUAAAGGAAAAGAAGGGAGAUUAAGAGGGAAUUUAAUGGGAAAACGUGUUGAUUUUUCUGCACGAACGGUAAUUACAGGCGAUCCAAACUUAUCUCUUGAUGAGCUUGGCGUUCCAAGAAGCAUUGCUCGUAUUCUUACAUACCCUGAGACAGUAACUCCAUAUAAUAUUCAUAAACUUCAAGAACUUGUACGAAAUGGACCUAAUGAACAUCCUGGUGCAAAGUAUAUUAUUCGCGAUACAGGAGAAAGAAUUGAUUUACGAUAUCAUAAAAGGGCAGGUGAUAUUCCAUUACAAUAUGGAUGGAGAGUGGAAAGGCAUAUUACAGAUGGAGAUGUGGUUAUUUUUAAUAGGCAGCCUUCACUGCAUAAAAUGUCUAUGAUGGGUCAUCGUGUUAGAGUUAUGCCUUAUUCAACGUUUCGUAUUAAUUUAUCUGUUACACCACCAUAUAAUGCGGAUUUUGAUGGAGAUGAAAUGAAUCUUCACGUUCCUCAAUCAGAAGAAACUCGAGCAGAAAUUAUUGAAAUAUGUAUGGUUCCUAAACAAAUUGUUUCUCCUCAAUCAAACAAGCCUGUAAUGGGUAUUGUACAAGAUACAUUAGCGGGUGUUAGAAAACUUACUAGACGGGAUAAUUUUUUGUCUAGAGAUCAAGUUAUGAACAUUCUUCUAUGGGUUCCUGAAUGGGAUGGAAAUAUGCCUACUCCUGCAAUCAUUAAACCCAAACCUUUAUGGACUGGAAAACAGAUUCUUAGUAUGGUUAUUCCUAAAGGGAUAAAUCUCAUUAGAGAUGAUGAGAAGCAAACACCUAUGACUCCUGAUGACAAGGGUAUGAUGUUGGAAGACGGAGAAAUUAUAUAUGGAAUUGUAGAUAAAAAAACGGUAGGGGCAUCACAAGGAGGUCUUGUACAUACUAUUAUGAGAGAAAAAGGCCCGGAAGUAUGUCGUAUGUUUUUUAAUGGUAUUCAAAUGGUUGUAAAUUAUUGGUUAUUACAUAAUGGUUUCAGUAUUGGUAUUGGUGAUACUAUUGCAGACGCAGAUACUAUGAGAGAUAUAACAAAUACAAUUGCAGAAGCAAAAGCUAAAGUUCAAGAAAUUAUUCUUGAUGCACAACAAAAUAGACUUCAAGUAGAGCCAGGUAUGACUUUACGUGAAUCAUUUGAAAGCAAAGUUUCUAGAGCACUUAACCAAGCUCGUGAUACUGCAGGGCGUUCUGCAGAAAUGAGUCUUAAAGAAUCGAAUAAUGUAAAACAAAUGGUAACAGCAGGAUCCAAAGGAUCAUUCAUUAAUAUAUCUCAAAUGUCCGCAUGUGUAGGACAACAAAUAGUAGAAGGGAAACGUAUCCCCUAUGGAUUUAAACACAGGACUUUGCCGCAUUUCACUAAGGAUGAUUACAGUCCAGAAUCAGGUGGAUUUAUUGAAAAUUCGUAUCUUAGAGGGUUAACACCUCAAGAAUUUUUCUUUCAUGCUAUGGCAGGUCGUGAAGGAUUAAUUGAUACUGCUGUUAAAACUGCAGAAACAGGAUAUAUCCAAAGACGUCUCGUUAAGGCUCUUGAAGAUGUCAUGGUAAAAUAUGACGGUACUGUUAGAAAUUCUCUAGGUGAUAUUAUUCAGUUGGUAUAUGGGGAAGAUGGUUUAGAUGGCAUAUCUGUUGAAUAUCAAAAUCUGGAUUCUUUAAGACUCUCUAAUGAAGAAUUCGAUAGACGUUAUCGUGUAGAUGUUAUGGACCCUAAAAAAACUAUUUCUCCUCAAUAUUUGGAAACAGGAAAUGAAAUUGAAGGAGAUAUGGCUAUUCAGAAUCUUUUAGAUCAAGAGUAUAAUCAAUUAUGUGAAGAUCGGGAAUUAUUGCGUAAUUUUAUAUUUAAAGAUGGCGAUGGAAGAAGACCCCUACCUGUUAAUAUUCAAAGAAUUAUACGAAAUGCUCAACAAAUUUUUCAUAUUGAUAAAAGAAAAGCUAGUGAUUUAAAUCCAAGAGAUAUUAUUCUUGGAGUAAAUGAAACAAUUAAAAAACUUACAAUUGUUCGCGGAAAUGAUAAAUUUACAAAAGAGGCACAAGAAAACGCUACACUUUUAUUUCAAAUUCUUCUUAGAUCACGACUUGCAUCUCGACGAGUUAUUGAAGAAUAUCGUCUUAAUAAAAUUGCUUUUGAAUGGGUAUUAGGUGAAAUUGAAACUCGUUUUGCGCAUUCUAUUGCCAAUCCAGGAGAAAUGGUUGGAACAUUAGCAGCACAAUCUAUUGGAGAGCCCGCUACACAAAUGACACUGAAUACUUUUCAUUAUGCAGGGGUUUCAUCAAAGAGUAUUACUCUUGGGGUUCCUCGCUUAAAAGAAAUUUUAAAUGUUGCAAAAACUAUAAAAACCCCUUCAUUAACAGUAUAUUUGAUACCAGAAGUAUCUAGGGAUAUGGAGUCAGCGAAACAAGUACAAACUGCUAUUGAACAUACAACUUUAAGAACAGUAACCUCUGUUACAGAAAUAUUUUAUGAUCCAGAUCCUCAACAAACAGUUAUAGAAGAAGAUCGUGCCUUUGUAGAAGCUUUUUUUGCUAUUCCUGAUGAAGAUGUUGAAGCUAAUCUUCAUCGCCAAUCAGCAUGGCUUCUUCGUUUAGAAUUAGACCGUGCUAAAAUGCUUGAUAAGAAAUUAAGUAUGAGUGAUGUUGCUGCAAAAAUUACAGAAAGUUUUCAUAAAGAUUUAUUUGUUAUAUGGAGUGAAGAUAAUGCAGAUAAAUUGGUUAUAAGAUGUCGUGUGAUAAAAGAUGAUGAAAAAUCAUUUGAUGAUGAUGAUAAUUUAGUUGAAGAAGAUAUGUUACUAAAAAGAAUUGAAAGUCAUAUGUUAGAAUCUAUUAGUUUGCGAGGGGUUCCAAACAUUUCUAGAGUAUUUAUGAUGGAACAUAAAACAGUUUAUCAAAAAGAAAAUGGUGAAUUUGCAAGAGGAGAGGAAUGGGUUUUAGAAACAGAUGGAAUAAAUUUAGCAAAAGUUAUGGCAGUCGAAAAUGUUGAUCCUCGACGUACUUAUUCAAACUCAUUUGUGGAAAUUCUUCAAGUUUUAGGAAUUGAAGCUACAAGAGCAGCAUUAUUAAAAGAAUUGCGAAAUGUUAUCGAAUUUGAUGGUUCAUAUGUUAAUUAUCGUCAUCUUUCCUUACUUGCAGAUACAAUGACAUCACGUGGUCAUUUAAUGGCUAUAACACGUCAUGGUAUUAAUCGUGCUGAGACCGGUGUUUUGAUGAGAUGUUCUUUUGAAGAAACAGUUGAAAUUCUAAUGGAAGCUGCUGCUGUUGGUGAAAUGGAUGAUUGUCGUGGUAUUUCGGAAAAUAUUAUGUUAGGACAACUAGCUCCUCUAGGGACAGGAGAAUUUGAUGUGAUGUUGGAUGAAGACAUGCUUAAUGAAGUCGUUGUAGAUCGUCAAAUGUUUAGAGGUAUAUCUUCUGCUGCUUUAGGAAAAACACUUUUGCAGGAAGAUCAAGCUACUCCAUAUGAUUCUCGAUCACCUGUUUCAGAUAGUGGCUAUAUUGGUUCAUCAGAUGGCGCUGCAUUUUCACCACUUGUUCAAUCUGGUUCUGAAACUCCUGGUGGAUUCACUGAAUAUGGCGGAGGAUUUGGUGUAUCUCCAUACGGCGCUACUUUACAAUCACCUGGUUAUCAACCUUUCUCUCCAUUCUCAGGAACAUCACCUGUUUCUCCAAAUUAUUUACCAACUUCUGUAUUUUCACCAACUAGUCCACAGAUUCUUAGAAUGUCUCCAAAUUUUUCACCAACUUCUCCAAUGUGUUCACCUAUUAGUCCUGCUUAUUCACCGACUUCACCGGCUUAUUCACCGACUUCACCUGCUUAUUCUCCAACAUCUCCAGCUUAUUCUCCAACAUCACCAGCUUACUCACCAACAUCUCCUGCUUACUCACCUACAUCUCCUGCUUAUUCUCCUACUUCUCCGGCCUAUUCACCGACUUCACCGGCGUACUCACCUACGUCACCGGCUUAUUCACCUACAUCUCCAGCUUAUUCUCCUACGUCACCGAGUUAUUCUCCUACAUCACCGAGCUAUUCUCCAACAUCUCCAAGUUAUUCUCCAACAUCACCAGCGUAUUCACCGACUUCUCCAAGUUAUUCACCGACUUCUCCGAGUUACUCUCCAACUUCACCAGCUUAUUCUCCGACAUCUCCGGCCUAUUCUCCUACAUCUCCAAAGUUCUCUCCGGCUUCACCGGCUUAUUCUCCUACUUCUCCAAGACAUACUAAAUGAUUUUUGGGUCAUAGAAUUUAUUUCAAGGCAAAUUUUAAACAUA